CAGCAGAGUCACCAAAAUCUUAGACCUCUAAGAUCUAAUCUAUCAAAUAGUGAAACAAAAGACUCUUUGCUGCUGUAGAAACUGGAUGUUUGGUUGCUCAGUGAUUUCUGUUCCCUGUUUCCUAAACACCAGCGGAACCCAGACAGGACAAAGGCCUUCCUCCGCAUCAUGUCGGCUUUGGAGCAACUCCAGUGUUGACCUCAAAGAACCAAAAACCACAGAGAUGAAGGAGCAGCAGCAGGAAGCAGAACCCCAGCUGAUGACGGGGAUAAAAGAAGAAACAGAACCUCAACCAAUUAAAGAGGAACAUGUUGAGUUGUCCAUUUUUAAGGAUGAAGAACCAUUUGUGGUGAAGCAGGAGGCCAGCAGCUCCAUGGUGAAUCCUACACAUGAAUCAAAGCUCCAGCAGGCGACGGAGACUAAAGAGAAACCAGAACCCGCAGAGGUUAAAGAGGAACUCUGCAGUGAUCAGACUGAAGAUCAGCUUGUAGUGAAGCAGGAGGCUGAAACCUUCAUGGUGUCUCCUAGUUGUGAGCAAAAUGACAACGGUGAACCAAGCAAGAACCAACAGCAGCAACGAUCCUCCGGAUCAAUUGGAGAAAAAGAUCUGAAGCCUGACAGGAGACAUCAGGACACCAGGGAUGAUGUGGACAAGUCAAAACCAAAGAGACAAAGAAAAAAACUGCCCACUUGUGAAAUGUGUGGGAAAAGUUUCACUCAGCUCAGGUACCUGACUGCUCACCUGAGAACUCACACAGGUGGGAAACCAUUCAAAUGUGCGACCUGUGGAAAAGGUUUUAUUAAGCAGAAUAACUUGACUAAACAUGUAAGGAUUCAUACGGGUGAGAAACCGUACCCCUGUGAAUUCUGUGAUAAAUCCUUCAGAACCAGCAGUCAGUGGGAUAGUCACACUAGAACCCACACAGGCGAGAAGCCCUUUUCUUGUCCCACUUGUGGAAAAUGCUUCUAUAGGCGCUUUGACAUGACCAUCCAUGUGAGAACCCACACAGGGGAGAAGCCGUUUUCAUGUCAGAUUUGUGGAGAGCGAUUCAUCAGGAAGACCACCUUUAAAAUCCAUGUGAGAGCUCACACAGAGGAGAAGCCAUAUGCCUGUACGGUCUGCUGCUCGUCCUUCAGGCUUGGCUACGAUCUGGCUCGUCACAUGAGGAUUCACACGGGCGAAAAGCCGUUCUCAUGCCCGACCUGCGGGAAAAGCUUCAGGGUGAGAGGCAGUUUAAAUGAACAUCUGAGAGUUCACACAGGUGAGAAGCCUCAUUCAUGUUUGACGUGUGGAAAAAGUUUCACCCGGAAGCGUAAUCUGACGAUUCACAUGAGAAGCCACACAGGCGAGAAGCCGUUUUCUUGUGAUGACUGCGGUAAAUCCUUCUCUGACAACACUGUGCUGAUCAACCACAUCCGAACCCACACAGGCGAGAAGCCCUUUUCAUGUCCUGUAUGUGGAAAAUGUUUUGCUAAAAGAUACACCCUGACGGUGCACAUGAAGACCCACACACGUGAGAAGCCGUUUUCCUGCCAGUCGUGUGGCGAGGCUUUCACAUCAAGACGUAAACUGACUAAACAUGUCUUCCACAGCAGUAUGUCUGCUAAUCAAGCUGCCAUAACGUCAAAGAGGAGCUCCUUUCUUGAUCAAAAGGUCGAAAUAAAAGGGGAAGAGGAGGAACUAGAACCGAAGAAGAUCACUGAGACUAAAGAGGAACAAGAACCAACCAAAGAACACGGUGAACUGUGGAUCUAUGAGGAUGAAGGUCAGAUGGAGACUUGUGAAAACAUAUCCCACAAUGUACCAGAACAGCAGCAGAUUGUAGCAAUGAAGAUGGAACCAGAACCAGAACCCGUGGAGAUUAAAGUGGAACCAUCUCUGUACUGCUCAAAGAGUCAAGAGGAAAUACAAACCAAAAGAAAAGAGCUCCUCUCUGCACAAGGCAGCAAACUUAAGAAACAACAGCAGGCGAAGAGGAACCAGAAACCAUCUGGAGCAAAUGAAAGGCUGAAGCCAGGGGACAUCAGAUCGCCCCUUAACAAGGUCUUCUACAGCAUCAUGUCGGUUAUUACUUGGGAGGUUGAUGCUGAUCACAUUCUCAUUAGUAAACAGAGGUCAAGCUACCUGCUUGACCAUGAUUUACCAAACGGUGUGGAAAUAAAAGAGGAACCAGAACCCCAGACGACUGAGACAGAAGAUCUAGAACCUCGAGUGAUUAAAGAAGAACAGAUUGAGUUGUGCAUCUUUCAGGAAGAAGGGCAGGUUUUGGUGAAGCAAGAGGCUGAAACCUCCACCUCCAUGGAGAGUCCUGCUUAUGGGGAAGCAUUUCAGGACGGACCAGAGCAGCAGCAGAUGAUGGAGACGAAGGAGGAACCAGAGCUUGUAGAGAUCAAACAGGAGCGGGACGACAUCUGUGCUAAUCAGGACAAAGAACAACCAAAUGUUUUUGAAUUUUGUGGUAAUUCUUUCCUGCAGCAUAAUGAGUUGGCUAACCACAUGAUACCUCAAGCAGAUGAGAAACCUUUCUCCUGCCUGACUUGUGGAAGAGGUUUUAACAAGCAGUACAACUUGACUGUCCACAUGAGAACUCACACAGGUGAGAAGCCGUACCCUUGUGAGCUGUGUGAUAAAUCUUUCAGGAGGAGCAAUGAUUUGGCUCGUCACAUCAGAACUCACACAGGCGAAACUCCGUAUUCCUGUCAGUUUUGUGGUAAAUCCUUUAACGACAACAGUCAUCUCACCAUUCAUCUGAGAACACACACAGGUGAGAAGCCCUACUCAUGUGAAGUGUGCGGUAAAUCUUUGACUGACAGCAGUCAUUUGAUCAAACACAUGAGAACUCACACGCCUGAAAAGCCAUUCCCAUGCCUGACAUGUGGAAAAGGUUUCACUGCUCAGUCUGACCUGACAGUCCACAUGAGAACCCACACUGGUGAGAAGCCCUUCACCUGUCUGGUCUGUGGUAAAGGUUUUAUCCAGAAAACUACCCUGAGUUAUCACAUGAGGACCCACACAGGUGAGAAGCCUUUUCCAUGUGAUCUAUGUGAUAAAUCUUUUAUUCAAAGCAGCGAUCUGGCCCGCCACCUCCGAACGCACACAGGGGAGAAACCAUAUUCUUGUGACUUGUGUGACAAAUCUUUCAGACAGAGCAGCGAUCUAGCUCGUCAUAUUAGAACUCACACGGGAGAGAAGCCAUUCUCAUGUCAGAUCUGUGGAAAAGGUUUCACCAAGCAGAAUAAUUUGACCGUGCACAUGAGGAUUCAUACAGGUGAGAAGCCUUAUUCCUGUGAAGCAUGUGGUGAAUCCUUCACUGUCAAAUUUAGUUUGACUAAACACAAAUGUAAAAAUGCCAACCAGGAAGUUCUGCGACAGUAGAGCUGCUCUCUGAUUCACAAACUAGUCAGGUUUAUUGGUGUAGAACAUUUCAGCAACAAGGCAGUUCAAAAUGAUUUACAUGAUUAAAACAUAACACAAUAGUCAAUUUUAAAACAUGCAGCAAACUACAUUUUGUCAAAUCCCAUCAUCAAAAUCAUCACACAUAAUCAUCAUCAAAUAUAUUAAUACAGGGGGUUGAAGUCAACCCUCCUCUGAUACAAACCUGAAUCACCAAGCCAGCUGGUCUCAGGCAGGAAACCACGGCCUCUACUGGUGAUUUCUGAUUGGCCAGAGGGGCUUCCAGUGGAUGUUAUGAUAGAAAUGUCUAUAAAUCUCAUCAGAAUUCACCCUUUUUAACAGGUAUAUUCACGGUUUUAUUUUGCUUGGGUUUCCCCAUCCUUUUAUUACCGAUUGCUGUAUUUUAUAUCUGGGGAUUAUUUUGUAACUUGCAUGUGAUGUAAAGCAACUUUUAAAAAUGUUUUUCAACAAAGUUUGCAGCUUUAUGUGUUGAUACAACAUGAAUGAAGUGUUAAAAUAAGGUUUUUAUUAUUGAUUUGUUCUUGAGUAUUAGAGGUAUCCUGCUUCAUAUGAUAAAAACAUGUUAU